GGAAAUACACUCACCCUGCUAUUUUCUUCCACAAAGCUGAAAAAGCUGCAAUUGAGAGGGACGCUCUGAUAGCUCUGGUGGCCCAUUCUGUUCCUUCUGGAGUUGACUUACAAUUGUGUUGGAGGGAAAAAAUCAUAUAGUCUCUUUUCACACUGUUUAAAUCACAGGAAGAAGCAGCUUUAAGAAAAAGAUUGAACCAAAAUGACAACUGCUCAGUUUGAUUGUCAAUACUGCACAGCAUCACUUCUCGGGAAAAAGUAUGUACUAAAGGAUGAUAAUGCAUACUGUGUUUCAUGUUAUGAUCGUAUCUUUUCCAACUAUUGUGAGGAGUGCAAAGAACCAAUUGAAUCAUAUUGCAAGGAUCUUUGUUACAAAGGUCUGCACUGGCAUGAAAGAUGCUUCAAUUGCGCCAAAUGCAAUCACUCUUUGGUGGAAAAGCCUUUUGCUGCCAAGAAUGAGCGUCUGCUGUGCUCGGAGUGCUAUUCUAAUGAGUGCUCCUCCAAGUGCUUCCACUGCAAGAAGACCAUCAUGCCUGGUUCUUACUAUUGGGGUACAGGUUCCCGCAAAAUGGAAUUUAAGGGACACUCCUGGCAUGAAACUUGCUUUGUGUGUGAGUAUUGCCGACAGCCAAUAGGAACAAAACCUUUGAUUUCCAAAGACAGCGGCAAUUAUUGUGUGCCAUGUUUUGAGAAGGAGUUUGCUCACUACUGCAGCUUUUGUAAGAAGGUGAUAACUUCAGGUGGGAUAACAUUUCGGAACCAGCCAUGGCAUAAAGAGUGUUUUCUGUGUAGUGGCUGUAGGAAAGAGCUCUGUGAAGAAGAGUUUAUGUCCAGAGAUGAUUAUCCAUUCUGCCUGGACUGCUACAACCACCUUUAUGCCAAAAAGUGUGCAGCCUGCAGCAAACCCAUUACUGGUCUCAGAGGUGCCAAGUUUAUCUGCUUUCAAGACCGCCAGUGGCACAGCGAAUGCUUUAACUGCAGGAAGUGUUCAGUCUCUUUGGUCGGGGAAGGCUUCCUGACCCAAAACCAGGAAAUCUUCUGCCGCAAAUGUGGUUCCGGGGUAGACACUGACAUCUAGAAGGAGACAGUCCUUCCCCACCUGAUAUCCACCUUGCUUUUGUGCUCAUUAAAUCCAGAAUGCUGUUGAAGUAGUAUUUCUGACUUAAGCUUUAGAAAACUUUAAGGUAGUAUUUAUAGAAGAAGAGUUUUUGCACACUUUCCUGUUGAACUGAUAAUAUUAUAAGAACUCAAAAAAAGCACAAUCUAACAGAAACGAAUAUAUACUAACUCACAAAGGCACUGCUCCUUGCAAAAUACUGCACUCUGCUGUUAGAUACUUAGGAAAAUAUCUAUUGUCAUCAAGUAUAUGACUUAUACCUAGAAGUCACGGAUGUUAUUACCAAAGAUUGAUGUAUUUCAAAACUGCACAGUAAAAAGGAAAUUAAGAGAUCAAAUUGAAAGGCCUGCAUGAGACUCAUGUUUGCCUUAGCUAGCUAAUUACACACAACAUGAUAGAUUGGCUAUGAAUGGUGAACAAAACUGAUCGGGGAAAACCGAUUAGCAAUCAUCACAUUUAAGAAUUCUGUCAUUUUAUCACUCUUUUAUUGUUCACACAUACUGACUUUGGAGUUGAAAAACAAAACUGCAGUUUGCCCUCCUCCGUACUGCUUCCACAGCUGGUUGGUUCCAGUGUUUAAUCCAUGGAAUUUGAGGAUUGAGGACACUAUGGCUCUCAUUCUCUGCAUAGGUAUAAGGGGCCCUUUCUACCUAGGGAUAGCCAAAACAUAGGUUUCAACACAUUUUGUAUUAAAUGUAUUUUCAAAGCCCACAAUACUGAUGGUAUUUUCCAAAUACUUAGAUUCCAUGAAAGAAAAUUCUACUCUUUCAAAUGAGCUAACCAAGAUUAUCAUUGUCCCCAAAGGCAAGCCUUUAAAGUAAAUAGAUCAUUAAAUCAUCAUUUGUGGAAAUAAGUUUUAGGAAAGGGAUAGAGUGUUGAACAUGACUUUCAUCCAGAUAUCUAAAGGCAUAAUGGAUUGCAUAAUUAGCUCUAAGCCUCAUGCAUUUUGCCUUCUAAAAUUACAUAGAUGAUUAAUGGGAAGACAAAAAAGUGGGCUUUAAAGAAAUCUAGUAAUAAUAAGAACUGAAAAAGAAUAAUUCACUGCUGACAAUUCCUGCAAAGCAGUACAAGAGCAAUGUGAGCUACAGAAGACCCCUCCCCAUUGUCGCUCCACACGUGUGCCUCGCGCCUCACCCCAUGCCAACCAUGUCCCAGAGCUUCAAUCUCCUGCGUGACCCGGAAGUGCACUCCCAAUCCUAAGCAGCCAUUUUACAAAUAAGUCAGUAUUUGUUGGUCACAAGAGAAGUAACAACCUUAGUGAAAAUUCUAUCACCGUAUGUUCCUCUUUCUACCAGACAUCAACUGAUAACGACCCUACCUAGCUGCCCCACAACAAUAUUUCCCACUUUAUGUGGGACAAAUGGAAAACAACCUCUGCUCUCCAUGGUCAGUUAUGAUCCUUGUCAUAGUAUCGUUUGGGUGGGUAGAAGGAGGUCAGGAGAAGAAAUCCACAUGGACUUAAUAUUUUUAUAAGUGUCUACCCUCAGAUUACUGCUUAGCAUUAAAGGUUCUGAUUGAAAUCUAAUUAUAUGCUGUGGCUGAUUACAGUGAGUAAAAUAGCAUCACAGGAGAUUCAAUUAAAAUUGUUAUGGAAACACAAUUUUUGAAAUAGCUUAAAAUUCAAGGACAUUUGGAGGUACUAACAAUUUAGAGGUACUCAUAAAAGGUCAGGAUACUUAGGCUAUUUGAAAGAUAUAAUUGUUAUUUUUAUAUUAACAAUGCCAAGAUAUUUUCUCAUGUUCACAUUAUAAAACUUAGGCAAAACUAUCAAUAUUUUUGCUGCAUUGUUUGAAACUGCAUAUGCGGAACUGAAUAUGCCAAUGGCUCUAUGAUCUAGAAAAUAACAGUGCAUUACGUAUUUAGAAAACCAAGCCAUUCUAAGUCUCGAUAGAUAUACAACAUGUAACAUUGUCUCAGUUAACCAAUUAUAGAUAAACAUAAAAAUGUAAAGUUUUCUUGUUAAACAGUUAGUAAUGUUUAGGCAUUUUGCUGUGUUUGGGGGGUGAGUAUGCAUGUGAUCAGGCUUGCAUUCUAUCUGUUACAAUUAAAAUUCACACAAUCAUUUCUGAGACUGAAGUUUUGUUGUCUUUUGCGAUGUAUAUUUAAGUAUAUACACUUUCACAUAUAAAUAAUUUCGUAUUUAGAGCGUAGCUUAGUCAUCAAAUAUGUAUUAAAUAUGUACUAGACGCAAAAUCAGAGCUCACACUCUUGUGGUUCUGGGGUGUGGGAGAAUAGAUCAGGAUAUGGAAAUGUGACAGUGCCAGAUGUAGAGAUGCUUCCCCACAGCUUAUAAAAACUGCCACCGUACACACAACACACAUGCAAAACAGCUAAGAAAGAAGACCUUCUUAGACUGACAUAUUCACAAAGAUAAAAGUAAAAAUCUUAUACUAUAUCCUAUCUCCUUAUACUACACUAUCUGACCUGAUUUCAGGUCAACAAAGGGAAAAACCUCCUACUGAUCCAUGCAGAGAUGGAACUGUCUGCCUCAGGAAGCGGUGGGCUCCCAGGGAUUCAGGGAGAGACAUCUGCCGGGCAGGGAAGCAGUUAGGAGCAAAUUCUGUGUGCUAAUAACAACCAGAUGGCUUGGAAGUAACAGAGAGACUGUGCCAGAGCAAGAAGAAAUGAGAUUGCUAAAAGAAAAAGGGUCAGACAAAGGGAGAAUGUUAACUCUUAGGAUAAAAGGUUUAUAUUUAAUAUAACAAGCAAUAGAAAGUUACUAACUGUUCUCAAACAGAGGAGAAAAAGCAUUAUAACAGUGUUAGAAGAACAUCAUGCUAAUGCUUCUGUGUGGCCUAGAUCUGAAGAGGGCAAGGUUCCCAGGGGGCUCGGACUCAAUGUAGUGAUCUGUUUGGUUAGUGGCUACAGAAAUAAUAAGAGAAAAGAAGUAAUAGGUAAUUCAGGCCAAGAGCUUUAUUUGUUGAUAUAGAUGAGUAUACAAGCCAAUAAAUCAAAAUAUCCUAUGUUGUCACGUUGGGAUUAAAGAUGACAAAGAAAAAUGCAGAAAAGAAUUUCUGCUUCCACGGUAACAGGUAGGGUGCGUAAGUGUUCAAUUUUCACUUAAUAAAACCAUAAACGUGUCAUAAUGGAACAAUCUAGGUCCAUUGAUUAAGUGAAGUAUGAUAGUGCUAUGAUCUUGAGUUUAAGCUUACAUAGUCACUAUAACAGUAAAAAAAAUAAACAUUAUGUUGUACAUUGGAGUGAAAGUCUGGCCACCCAUUGUGAAAAUGCCUAACACUGAUCACAAAAGGUCUUGAUUAAAAAUCACUACAAAAUUUAGUACCACAAAUGAAAAAUCAACGCAAAAACUUACAUCUGAUGUUAGUGAUACCAUUUUUGGAUUUAAGAAAAAAGUACUUUUUAAUCUACUUGGUAUAUUGAUAAUAAUUCAUAUUUUAAAUAAGAAAAUGAUCAUUA